GAAAUAGCGUUAUGUUUAACAAAACGCAACUAUUAGAAUAGAUAUGAGGAUGUUAAAGUUAUAACUAGAUUUAUCACAUUGUAUAGUGCGUAUUUGUGUAUGUGUGUGUGAAACUUGCGGAUACGACUUUAGUGGGGGAGGAGCGGAAAGUCGAGUCAACAGCUUCAAGGGCGCUGCAGCCUCCCGCGAGUAGUACUGAUCAUAGGAGCUUCGCAGCCGCCUUCAUUCAACCGUCGCCGUUCAGCUACAUCGCACGUUCCAUAUUUUUCUCUUAAAUAAACAAUGCAUUCCGUUACGAUAGACAUUCUCCACCUGUUAUAAGUUUAUUUAUUUGUGAAAAAUCACCGGCUUGAGUUACGGUUAAACGAUGUGGUCUUUGAUUUUAGUAUCUAUAAUUGUGUUUGCAGUGCCGGGCACUAUGGGUGCACUUCAAACAAGUGAUGAUCAGGAACUAAUUUUUCGUAAGUGUUGUCCUAAAGGCCAAAGCUUAAUUAAAGAGUCUGAAACUAAUGAAACACUAAGUGAAAGCUACGAAUGUGUUGAUGGUGAAAACUUAAAGAAAAGUUAUGAAAUUUUUAGUGAACCUCUUUAUGUUAGCAGUCACGUCGUUAUCAAGAAUGGUCUUCCUGUAGAUUGUGAUGAGUUACAAGCGGUUCAGAUAAAUAUAUCUGAAACUGAAAUUCUACCCUGGGAAAAUGAUUGCUAUGACAGACUCGUAGCUGAAUUCGUUAAUGGAACUCUAAAACAAAAUAUCCCUAAGACAGUGGCUAUUACUUGUAAUCGGAGUGAGGUAGCAGUCUUAAGUGAUACAAAGUUAAAAAUACAUGAAUUUCGCAAAUGUUGUCCACGGGGACAACGUUUUGAUACAACGUACCAUGAAUGUAGGGCCAGUGUUCCUCGAAGUGAUGAAGAUUGGUUAGUACAACAACUCAAUGAAAGUUCCGGUCACAUAUAUGAAAUUGAAAAUGGGCUUCGUUGUAAAUUUGACGAAUACGCUGUGGAGUUACGUGAAAGUGCUUACUUAUUAUCAAUUGAGGGAAGUACAUUAUUUGCUUUAAGUAGAAGUGGAGAAAAAGAUGGCAGAUCAAUGCCAGGUGAAUGGUGUAUGGAACAAGAAUACGAGACUGAUAGCUUUAUAGCCCAAGUCUGUACCCGAAAUUGUGAUACUUUCAGUGCUUAUUGCGUACGGAAAUGUUGUCCUCUAGGACAACAUUUUAAGCUCCGCCGGUGUGGCAGUUUUGCUAGUACUUGUGUGCCAAACGAAGAUCAAGAAGUAUUAUUUAAUAUUUCCACUUACACAGAUCCAUUACAAAAAGAUUAUGAAGAUUUAUUUGAUGUGUUAGGAAUGAGAAUAGGCUUGCAAUGUCCCGCGGGAAGAUUCGGCCUCAAUACGUCACUUCCUCAAGACCAACAUCGUCUGACUCGAGACUCUUACCUGGAGACGCCCACCGCUCUUACGAACAACUAUUGUCUAGAGGUGUUUGAUCGGCGGGAAUGCCCUGGCAACAAUGAUGUCAUCGUUAGCGGCGUUCUUUGUUUUUUACCAGCUGGACAAACCAAGGACUUUCGCGUUUCUUUUAUAAUCAUAACAAUCUCGAGUAUAUGCCUUGCAUUGACCUUACUCGUGUACUGCGUUUUGCCGGAGUUGAGGAACUUACAUGGACGAACUCUGAUCUGCCACGUGAGCAUGAUGCUGCUAGCGUGCUCUUGUCUAGCCAGGGUGCAACAUAGUGCCGUUCAAGACUACCGGUUCUGUACAACGCUUGGGUACGGCAUAUACUUCGGUUUUGUGGCGGCGUUUGCUUGGCUCAACGUCAUGUGCUUCGACAUCUGGUGGACAUUUGGGAGUGUCCGUACGGUUAAACCUCUGCGAAAAUCCGGUUCAGAACGACGCAGGUUCAUCUGGUAUUCUCUAUACGCUUGGAGCAUCACGAUCCUGCUUACUUUGACGAUGUUUCUUUUGGAUCGAUACCCCAUAUCUCCUGUAUUGGACGCUAAUAUUGGCAAUGGUGCAUGCUGGUUUGGAGCACUACAAAAUACGCAGUCGGACUGGCCGCAUUAUAUAUUUUUUGUAGUACCAAUGGGCUUGGUGACGUGUACUAAUUUUGUAUUGUGGCUGCUUACGGCACGACACUGCGCCCAAGUAAAAUCUGAAGUCCAUCGCCUCCAAGCUGGUUCGGUUGGAGAUCGCGCGAAGCGAAGAUUUAGAAUUGACAGAGCCAAAUAUAUACUUACUGGAAAAUUAUGGGUGGUGAUGGGAGCCGGCUGGGUGUCAGAACUGCUCUCCACCAUAGUCUCCGAACCACAAUGGCUUUGGAAUAUCUUUGAUCUCUUUAAUGAGUUACAAGGCGUAUUUAUAUUCCUUAUUCUCAUUGUGAAGCCGAAGCUUUAUUAUCUAAUAAGAAAACGACUUGUUCCUGGUUUAUCUCGGACUCCGAUUGACACAAGGUUGGAGAAACCGGACGCGCGGAACAACGCCACUUCAUCGGGUCGGACUUCUUCCACCUUCUUAUCAAGAACUAUCAGUUCAGAUGAGCGAACAAAUUUGCGAAUAUCGUUACCAAAUAACAUUAAGCAACCUUAAAAACAUUCGUAUAUUUUGUAAAACACAUGCAUUUGCGUAUAUUUUUUAAUAAGUAGAACACUUGUCAUAUGUAAGCAGGUAAAUUUUUAAUUGGACAUGCCACUUUAUAGCUCUAAUAGCACGUUUUAUUGAUCACCUAAUUUAGUAACAGUAGGCGAGCUAUAUAUUAUACUUGUGUCGGCGUGUGGCGUCUGGAUGUGUGAUGUUAAUUUUAAAACAAAUAUUAUUUUUAUAAAACAAUAUUGGUAUUUUUUAGUAUGAAAUACUUUCAUUUCCUGUAUUCAUUCGUAUUUACUUUUAUAACAUGAUGUAAAAGUUUAGAUUUAGUGAAAGGUUUUUCAAUAAGUAUCGUACAUAUGUUAAGGAUAACUAUGGUUGUUUCAAAAUGAGCUACGUUCUGAUAUAAAGCUGCCAUGUUAUCAGUGAUGUUCAGGUUCUCAACCUAGUCGAUCGGUCUCGAUGAGAUACAACCUAUUAAUAAUUUGAUGUUAAAAGAUAGAUCCACCAAUCCAAUCGAUUUGACUUAACAAUACCAUCAAACAAGUCUGUCGAGGCCGAUAGCGACUGUUUGAAGUCGAUCGAUUAGGCGGAGAAGCGCCUUUCUAUGUUUUGCUUAAUAUUUAAAAGACGAAAGAAAUACGACCACCAAUAAUAUAUACAAACGUAUAUCAUUCUAGUUUGUGGAGUUGCGAGUGUAAAUUCGAUGUAUAUAGAAGCUCAUAAGCAAGCUACGAGUAUGUUAAUGAUAGAUAUUCAAGUUACGUUUACAGUUAUUAAAAAUAAAUUUGAUAUAAAUUAUUUUUAGACGGAAACACUACGCCCCAUAAAAUAAAGUAUAAAACGUAUGAAAAGUACAAUAUUUUUAUUAUUUCUUAUAAAUUGAGCAUUUUUUGUUAUGAUAGUGUAAGUAUGGGAUUAAGUGUUAUAAAUAAACGUAUGUUAUUAGUAUUCUUAUACGAAAUUGCUGGCUUUUAAUCUAUUUCGUUCAGAGAUUUUGUUAAGAAAUAUAAACAUGCUUGUAUACUUAUCUAGUCAUAGAAUAAGAUAUAAAAUUACUUAACGAUAUUGAUCUUGCACAUAAUAAUUUAAUUCAAAUGAAGGCGUUAUGCUCUAGUAUUGCAAUGAUUAUAAUAAAUUUUAUCAUUAGAAAAUUUCAAAUUGUUUUUUUUACCUCUGUAGUUUAUUGCAAUUACCAUUUAAACAAAUGUGUUUUUAAUAUAAUGAAACAACAUCAAUUCCGGCUGCUGGCAGUCUACUGGCCUUCAGAGUUGACUAAUGGUAUCAUUAGGAAUGACAGAAAUGUCCACAAGCCGCAAAGUGAUUGAAUUUUUGUUAUUAAUUAAAAAAUAUUUACAUUUUUUCG